UAUUGUAGUAUCAUGUCAGUCACCGCCGCAUACAUUCGGACUAAUAGACGUGCUUUGAGUAACAUAAUAUUUAGUUUUUAAAAUAUUUACUUCGUGAAUGAACUUUGUCAAUUAAAAAUGUGAAUCAAAAUCGACAACAGAGUUUUUUAGUAUACCACUGCUAUGGAUUUACUAUUUUUAAGGUAGAAUAAAAAUGUGACGCAAGAAAAACAAGAUGACCGUUCUUCUUUAUAAUGCUUACGAACUGGAGGAAAGAGCCUCGAGGCACCUUAACGUUUGGAAAGCCUGGCAUUUAGUAUUGUAUGCACUAGCGGCGGUAUUCGGAAUACUCAACUAUGUGUUCCUACAAAAUGCGAUGGAAAUGGUCGACAAUAAUUGCGUCCUAUUUCCGCGACAACUCGCUUUUCGAAUGAUUGAUGCGACAACUUUCGUGGAAAAUAAAUCAAGUUCGCUCAAUGAUAGUAACAAAAUUGCCAAUAAUAAUGCUCAAUUAGAACCUGUCCAUUUUGACAACAUUACUGAAGAAAAUACUGAAAACGUUAAAAGGGAUAUAUCACAAUUGAAUGAAACAGAAUCAAAUAAAAACGAAUCGAUUUCGACGAGUGUUGAUAUUGGUGACAUUACACUUACAGCUGACGAGAGACAACGCCUGGUGUUGGACACAUCUCGGACACUGUUUGGACGAGACAGCGACUGUCAAUUUACUGAGUACAUUCCGGUCGUGUCUUUGAUCGUUGCAGCGACAUGGGCGACGCUAUUUACAAUGUGUCCUGGUGGAGGACACUCGCGAUCUGGACUUCAGCAGCCUUGGCGAAUAUUAGCACCUGCGUUAAUUUUCGCCAUUUUAAUGGUUGGACUGACUGGACACAAUUUUGCAAGAACGAAUAUGGGGCUACAAAAUUUCUGUGCAGCAUUUUAUAACGUAACAAAUGCAACGACUUGUUCAUCCGUGGACCAGUACCUCCUGCGGUCCGUGAACGCAACAUGGUCGUGGGGCGGUCGGGCAGCGGCCACGCGGGCAGCGAGCGCGGCCGUGUGGGCGAGCUGGGCGUGUGCGGCCGCGCUGUUCCUAGCACGCUGCCUCGCCGCGCCGGACUUCCGUGUGCGACGCACCGGCGCGUACUUGAAAGAUCCGAACAAUAAAGUAACACCGUAUUUGAAGAAAACUAAACGUGUGACGACCAGCUCACCGAAUAAAUUACGAGAUAACACAUCCAUCGAAUCAGAGCCCACUGCUACGACGGAGCUAGUCACAGCUUCCAUAGAACAAGGCCAGGACACGGCGCCGGCUUCAUUGCAAGUCACACCCGUUAAAACUGCUAUUAAGGAAUCGAUAGAAAUGACCACAUCGCCCUAAACUAUUUUCAUCAAGAUUCUUAUUAAUUUAAUAUGCUUUCUUGUGUGAUGACUGUUAAUUGUUAUAGGUAUGCCAGUGAUCUUUAGUUCUUUAUUCAUAUUUAGGUGUAUAAUAAUUUACUGCCUGCCAAUUUUUUUAGACUGCUUCAUACUUAAAAAUUAUAUCCAAGUACUUAGAGAUAAGAAAUAUGUAAUGCUUAUAUUAUAACUACCUGUGUAAUAUUUCCGAAAAUGUCUUAUUAAUCUUAUACCAUUUUAUAAAAUGUAUUACAAUUAUUGAAAUAGAAUUCUAAUAACAAAUAAAUAUUUUGUAAUAUGCUCAAAAUUAGAAAAAUAGAAUGCGUGUGUAAGAUUUAAAAAUCGCUCAAAAUAUGUUUGAUGCUCUUUGCCCAAAAAAUAUUAAAAAUAUAUAGACAUUAUAAAGGCUCAUAAAAUAUGUAAUUCAUAAUAUAAUGGAGAUAAUUUGUCUUUAUAGGUUGCUUACUAAAUUGAAUUGAAUUUAUAACAUUAUAUAAAUCAAGUAAAUACUACAAUAGAUACUCUACAUUAUGUUAAGAUACAUUAUGUGUACCUAAUCCAUACUAAUAUUAUAAAUGUGAAAGUAACUCUGUCUGUCUGUUACUCAAUCACGCCUAAACUACUGAACCAAUUUGCAUGAAAUUUGGUAUGGAGAUAUUUUGAUACCUGAGAAAGGACAUAGGAUAGGUUUUAUCCCGGAAAUCCUACGGGAACGGGGUUUUCUUUGAAAACGCGGGCGAAGCCGCGGGCGUAAAGCUAGUAAAGUACUUAUAUAUAUUUUAUACCUUCGUCAAAUGAUUAUAUGGAGUUGUUACUUUAAUUAUGUUUUUGUCUUUUAAUAAAAGGAGAGUUAAAUUUAA